CGCGCGCAGCAGGUAAAUGGAACACAUCAAACUGCAGUCUAGCGGGAAGUCAAAGUAUAGUCAAAAGACACAAGACACAAGACAGGGCAAAAAUCUCAGCCAGGUGGGGUGCUAACAUAAAAAAUGGCAUGUGAACAGCGCUUGCGGGCGGUUAAUCAGGAAACUCAGCUGCUACCUAAUGUAGUCGUCACUGAGCAGCAGUCUCUGGUCGUUGUGAAGAAAUUGCUGGCCAUUGCAGUGUCUACCAUCACAUAUCUCAGAGGCCUCUUUCCAGAGAGAGCCUAUGGCAGUAAAUAUGUAGAAGAACAGAAGGUGAUGAUACUGAGGGAUGAGCGCAGCUGCCCAGGGGCUAAACAAAUAGUUGGAUGGAUGCAUGGGUGUUUUGAUGCCCUUCAGAAAAAAUACCUCCGUACAGUUCGUCUGUCAAUUUACACGGAUCCAGAGAAUCCACAGAAAGUCACAGAGUGCUAUCAGUUCAAAAUCCAGUACAAUAAAAAUGGUCCUCAGAUGGAAUUUGAAAGCAACAGCAACAAGAGAGUCUCGAAGAUGUCGUGCAGCAACACCAAGAAGGCCAGCAUCCUCCUGGUGCGCAAGCUCUACACCCUGAUGCAGUACCUGGGACCACUACCCGACAGUGUCUGUCUCAGUAUGACCCUCUCAUACUAUGACGAUGUCACCCCUCAGGAGUACCAGCCGCCAGGGUUCAAAGAGGGCACCAGUAAUAGCAUAACAUUCGAGAAGGAGGGAGUGAAGUUGACCAUGGGCGAAGUGGUCACUCCCUUCCAUACCCUGAAGGUGGACGUGACCACAGAGAGGGAGCGCCUGGAACAGAUAGAUGAUCUCGAUCCCCUGGGUGCCAAAGACAGACCGGCUGUGAAGAUGCCAGAGGAGGAGGAGGUAGUAGAGAUGGUGUCCAGGUCCAACGUUACUCAGCAGAGUAACAUGCUGAAUGAUGUACAAAUGACUGAUACGGAAAUAACCAUUGAGAAUUCAGUCUCGUACCGAAGGGAAAAGAAACCAAGCAAGGAGGGACACAACAAUUCUCAGAUGGAGUCUGCUGUGACGGAAACUAGCACGGUGGAGGGGGCCAAGAGGAGGACCAGGAGUGGCCGUGUCAUAAACCCUUCAACGGAGACAAAAGCAGAUACCACUGAGCCACUCAAGGAAAAGAGAAAAAAAGCUAAACCAGCCAACAACAAAGAGCUGUCCCAGAUGGACUUCCCUCUGAGUCAAGACCCUCAACCAUGUCGCCCCCUAAAAAGAAAGUUUAGCCAACCGAAAGAGUACUUCUAAUACUACUAAUACUAAUGUGUUUCUGUCUAGUCUCCUUGUAAACGUAAUGACAUGAAUUUCGAAAGAAUGUGGAAAAAAUACUUUCUGAAAUCUUUAUGAAUUCCUAUUUCAGAUGUUUGUUGAAUGGUUUGCACAAAUUGUUGCAUUAUUGGUUUUAUCUCAUGCAUCUCAGAUGAAGCAUGUUAUUUUUUAUAUGUAAACAUUACAAUGGAAUAUGUAUUAUUUAGAACAUUUUGAAGAUGCUAUUCUAUAAUUUUUUUGUAUUUAUUUAUUUAUUUAUUAGUUGUAUUCAUUGGUUAUAUUAUUUGUUC